AUGGCGAUGGCAAGUUCCUCUGGCUCCCGGCUCUCCAGCUGCCUCAUCACGCUCAUCUUCCUCCAGCUGCCCCUGCGUGUGUCAGGCCGCACAGGGGACGCCAGCAAUGUCCACUCAGCCCCGCUAGGGGGCACAGCCGAGCUGCCCUGCCCCGUCUCCCUCUGGGGAGUCACGGCGCUCCCUGCCGUGACGUGGCUGCGGUCCUCGCCCUCGGGGAGCUCCCAGGCUGUUCACGUGUUCCGGGAUGGGCAGGACCGGGAGGAAGAAGUGAUGCCACAAUAUAAGGGGAGAACGAAGCUGGUGAGAGACGCCCAAGAGGGAAGUGUCACUCUGGAGAUCCGCGACGUUCAGUUGGAGGACCGAGGGCUCUACAGAUGUCAAAUCCAGGUCGGAAAUCUGAGUCGAGAGGGCACCGUGACCUUGCAGGUUGCAGCCCCGUCUCCAGGGAGCCUCUCUUCCUCAGCGGUGGCUCUUGCUGUGAUCCUGCCUGUCCUGGGGCUUCUCAUACUGGUGGGCAUUUGCCUCAUCUGGAAGCAAAGAAGAUCAAAAGAGAAGCUUCUCUAUGAACAGGCGGUGGAGGUGGAAAAUCUUCUCACAGGCCAUGCAAAAGAAAAAGGAAAGCUCCAUAAAGCCCUCAAGAAACUCCGGCAGGAAUUGAAGGUGAAAAGAGCUGCAGCAAAUUCAGGCUGGAGAAGGGCCCGCCUGCACUUUGUGGCGGUGACCCUGGACCCGGACACCGCACAUCCCAAACUCAUCCUGUCUGAGGACCGGAGAUGUGUGAAGCUUGGAGACAGAAGACAGCCUGUGCCUGACAACCCCCAGAGAUUUGAUUUCGUCGUCAGCGUCCUGGGCUCUGAGCACUUCACGGCUGGCUGUCACUACUGGGAGGUGUACGUGGGAGACAAGACCAAAUGGAUCCUGGGGGUGUGUAGUGACUCAGUGAGCAGGAAGGGGAAGGUCACCGCCUCGCCUGCCAAUGGACACUGGCUCGUGCGACAGAGUCAGGGGAAUGAGUACGAAGCCCUCACUUCCCCGCAGACCUACUUCCGCCUGAAAGAGCCCCCGAGGUGUGUGGGGAUUUUCCUGGACUACGAGGCAGGAGUCAUCUCCUUCUACAAUGUGACUGACAAAUCCCACAUCUUUACUUUCACCCACACUUUCUCUGGCCCCCUUCGCCCUUUCUUUGAACCUUGCCUUCAUGAUGAAGGCAGGAACAUGGCACCUCUAAUCAUCCUUUCAGAACUCCAGAAAUCUGAGGAAUCAAUUGUGCCCAAGCCAGAAGAAAAAGGCCGUGCCAAUGGAGACGUGGCCCUGAAGGUGGACCCUUCCUUACUGCCCCCUCAGACACCAGAGCUUUUGCCCCUCAAGGAUAUGAUCCUGUCCUGGCCCUCUGACCUUAGCCCAGCCCUCCAGGGGCUCAAUGUGCCUUCUUUUUAGGGACAUGCCCCAUUACUCGCUCCCCUGACCGUCCAGCCCAGUGCCCUGGAUUUCAGUCUCCUGGCCCAACACGUGAUUCUGGAACAUCUCAUCUUCUUUCCCCAAAUCCAGAUCCUUUUGUGGUUUCAAUUUGUACCAGCUUUCUCCCCGGGCUCAGUUCUAAACACUUCCCUCUUUCUGGGCACUUGAAGUUGUCAUUGCCGUGGAAGGAGCAUUCUUGAAAGCCGAAUGAACGAUCAGAUUAGGUUUAGGUGGUGAUGUUGAAGGUGUGUCCCCGAGAUCCAGGGGUUCUCUACUUGAGGGGUAUUUAGAAGAACUUCCUCCUGCCUCAUCCUGCAUUUGAGCUUUUGGUCAUGACGUUAUGGUGCCCAAUCCCUGACUUCUUACUUUUCCCAUCAAGAAUUGCUUUUCUCCUUUUCUGUCUCUCAGUUCAGGCCUCUAGCCCUCAAAGCCAGUUUUUAAAAAGUAAACAUGUUUUGGAUGACACACUCUUCCUUCAUUCUUCUGGAAUAUGAGACAGGGGCUCAGGACAGAGGGGUACAAGAUGCCAUCCUUUUCCAUUUCCUUGAUGCUGUUUACACCCUAGUUUGGUGACAUCCAGAGCUAAUGUACGUGCUUUCA